UCAACCACAAGACCAGCAGCUCCUGCUAUCACCCCCGUAUGCCCGAGGCAGGUCUGACAGGAAGCAGCCUAAAUCUCUAAUUUCCUUCACAAGCUUCCCAUGGGAUAAGCCAACUGGGAGGAAAGGAGCCCUGUGGGUGGUGAGAGAAGUGCCCUUGAGGAAAACCAAGUGUACCUUCUUUAUAAAGGUGCACACACCCCGUCAACCUUCCUCCUCCUCUAGUGGGACCUCACCACCUGCUCUCCUACUCAUACUCCUGACCACUGACCUUGAUCACAGCCAUCAUCCCUCAGGGUCAGAAGAAUAAGCACUGCACUCAUGAGAAAUGCCACCAGUCUCGAGGUGACACAAGAGUUCAGGCCCCUGUAGCAGUGGAAGAGUCUCCUCCCUCUUCUUCCCCUGUUUCAGAAGGUAAUACCCAGAGUUCAUCAGCUAAUGACUCAAUUAGCACUUCCGAAGAGUCUUGGGGAGCCCCACCUACCACCAUUACUUCUUCAGAAAUGUCUGGUACAAUAUCUGAUGGUGAGAAUAGCCAAGAUGAGAAACAUCUAUGUUUCUCUGGGCCCCCACCUUUUACUGAGAUCACAUGCUUUGAUGGGUUUGUUGGAACAGUUUCUUCUGUACCAAUAUAAAAUGAAAGAGCCCAUUCUGAGAAUGCUAAAGAUUAGUGGCCAAAAUUACAAAGAAUACUAUUCUGAGAUCAUUAAGAGAGCCUCUGAACAUAUCGAGAUUGUCUUUGCGGUAGACUUCAAGGAAGUGGAUUCAACCAGCCACUCCUAUGACCUUGUCAGCAAAGUGAAACUCCCUAACAAUGGGAGGGUGUGCGCCGGCAGGGGGUUACCCAAGACCGGUCUACUGAUGACAGUCCUGGGUGUGAUCUUCAUGAAGGGCGACUGUGCUGCUGAGGAAGACAUCUGGAAAUGCCUGAAUAUGACGCAAGUAUAUGGUGGGAGGAAGCACUCCGUCUAUGGGGAGCCUAAGAAGCUCAUCACCAAAGAUUUGGUGAAGCUAGAGUACCUGGAACACUGCCAAGUGUCCAACAGUGAUCCUCCAUGCUGUGAGUUCCUAUGGGGCCCAAAAGCCCACACUGAAACCGUCAAGAUGAAAGUCCUUGAAUUAUUGGCCAAGUUCAAUGACACAGUUCCCAGUGUCUUCUCAGCAAGAUAUAAAGAAACUUUGGAAGAUGAGGAAGAGCUGAAGCCAGACCUAUAGCCACUGUGUGUAACAGGGUCACUUCCAGCAGACUACUGAAGUCUGAGGCUUUUUAAAAAAAUCAUCGCAGUAAGAAAACAUAACCUCACAAUAGGGAUUUUCAUGGAAAUGUAAAAGAACCUCAUAGUAAAUGUAUUGUGAUAAUGGAAUAUAAAAAAACAA